AUGGCGGACCGGAUAAAGUACCACAACGUGUCUGGACCCAUUCAUUCCCAUUCAUUCCCUGAACAGUCCCUCAGUUGGUCUAUGGCAGUCUCAUACAACAUCGAUGACGAUGACCAGCAGGAUCCAGUAUCAAGUUGGGAUGAAGGGAUGGGAAUCGUUCUGCAACAUUGGCCGGUGAGCUGUCAGUUGGUUUCAUCGUGCAGCGCCGAUCCUGCAUUCAAUUUCUCCGGGAUCCAGGCCGGCUUGUCCUUCAUCACCAAUCACGCCCGCCCUCCCCAAUGUGCCAUGAAACUGCUCGUGGAUUGUUUCUUUUCUUCCCGUGUCGUGCCUUUCCGAUCCCGACUGGUGGGUGUUUGCUGUGGACUUUAUUGUGGUAUCUCCGACUCUGCAUUCUUCCCUAAUUCCGCAGCAGCUGGUGCUGUCCCUCCAUCCAUAUUCUAUCAAUCCCGUCCCCAUCACGUUUACCCGUCUUUUGACACUUGCACUCUUAUUCAUCGGGUUCUCCCCGUCUGCCUCUUCUCAUUCGCUGGGGUGCUUUAUAUUGCCGACUCUAUCCGGACUGCCCUUUUUUCCUUUCUUUGUUCGCCGUUUCCCCCCCAGCUUUUCAGCUACAUAUCACGCAUUCCUCGCCCAUUUGAUUUCCUCCUCACAUUUUUCACCCCUCACACCUUUCGUGGCUUGACAGUUUCCUGA